AUGGCGCUAAAGUGGAAAGAGCCGCCUAGCAUUUCUGAGAGUCACAGGAAAGAGACGGACCAGCAGGCAGAGGCCCGGUCCUACCUCAGCGAGGAGAUGAUCGCUGAGUUCAAAGCCGCCUUCGACAUGUUCGACGCUGAUGGUGGCGGUGACAUCAGCGUCAAGGAGCUGGGUACCGUGAUGAGAAUGCUGGGCCAGACCCCCACCAAAGAGGAGUUGGACGCCAUCAUUGAGGAGGUGGAUGAGGACGGCAGCGGCACCAUCGACUUUGAAGAGUUCUUGGUCAUGAUGGUGCGCCAGAUGAAAGAGGACGCCAAGGGAAAGAGCGAGGAGGAGCUGGCCGAGUGUUUCCGCAUUUUUGACAGGAAUGCAGAUGGCUACAUCGACGCCGAGGAGCUGGCUGAGAUUUUCAGGGCUUCUGGGGAGCAGGUCACAGAGGAGGAGAUCGAGUCCCUGAUGAAAGACGGCGACAAAAACAAUGACGGGCGCAUUGACUUCGAUGAGUUCCUGAAGAUGAUGGAGGGUGUGCAGUAA